AUGGCAAAGGAAAUCUUUGCUCAGUCCUGUUUUGGUUUCGACGCUAAUAAUCAGACAGGCCAUGGUUGGGAUGUCAAGAGUGUUGACUGGCACCCAACAAAGUCAUUACUCGUAUCAGGUGGAAAAGACAAUCUUGUAAAGCUGUGGGAUGCCAAAACAGGGAAGGAGCUCUGUUCAUUUCAUGGCCAUAAAAAUACUGUGUUGUGCGUCAAGUGGAAUCAGAAUGGAAACUGGGUUCUUACUUCGUCGAAAGAUCAAAUCAUCAAGCUUUAUGACAUUAGAUCCAUGAAAGAACUUGAAUCUUUUCGAGGGCAUCAGAAGGAUGUUACUGCUUUGGCUUGGCAUCCAUUUCAUGAAGAAUAUUUUGUUAGUGGAAGUUUUGAUGGAUCCAUCUUCCAUUGGCUUGUUGGUCAUGAGAAUCCUCAGGUUGAACUGCCUGGGGCACAUGAUAGUUGCGUGUGGGAUCUUUCUUGGCAUCCUAUUGGCUAUUUACUUUGCAGCGGCGGAAAUGAUCAUGCUACGAGGUUUUGGUGUAGAAAUCGUCCUGGUGAUCAAGCCCGCGAUAAAUACAAUGCUUUCCACGCCCAAGGCUAUGGUGACCAGAAUCCUUCUUUCGUUGGACGACCAAUGAGUGGUUACCCAAUGCCUGAAGCCCCGCCGACUCCUGGAGCUUUUGCAGCUGGAUUGCCGCGAAAUGAAGGGAAUAUUCCUGGUAUUGGAGUCGCAAUGCCAUUGUCCGCCCAAUCUCUCGACGGUUCCGAUCAAGAGCAACGACCCCAAAUUCCCGGAAUUCCACUUGGUGGAGCACCUCCUCUUCCCCCUGGUCCCCACCCAUCCCUUUUGGCUGCUGGGCAGCAGCAAGCUUAUCAACAAGUUGUUCAGCAAGUGCCUCAACAGCAGCAGCAGCAGCUUCCACCAUUUCCACAGCAGAUGGUACCUAUGCCUCUGGCACCUCCAACUAUGAACCCCUUGCAGCCUCCUGCACAUUUAUCGCUCCUUCCGCAUCAUCUAUCUCGGCCGCCCCCUCAAAUGCAAUCCCUUGGUAUGCCUAACACCAUGCCUUCUUCCAUGCCUUCGUCUAUGGUUCCUUCAAUGCCCAUGUCGAUGCCUAAUCCCAUGCUAAUGCAGGUGUCUGCUAAUCCAAUGAUUUCCCCAUUGCCUCAAGCCCAUAUAGUGGGUCUUAACCAAAUGCAGCAGCCAAUUGCAAUCCCGAAUAAUAACUUACAGCAGAGCCUGGGAGGCUUUGGCGGCGGCUUGGCGAACCUUCAGAAUCCCGCGAAUCCGGUCGUACAGAAUUUUCCAAUGGGCGGAUUAUUUAACCGACCACCGGCCGGAAUGAUUAGCCCCAUUCAGGGAAUGAGUGCCUUCCAGCCUGGAAUGAUGGAUGUGAGGGCAGCUGGAGUGGGCCUCGGCGGGAAUAUGGGACUUCCGCCGCCAUCGCAGAGUUCCGGACCCCAAUAAACUUGAUUCAGGUACUGUCUUUUUUAGCCAGUUUUGUAACAAAUUUUAGACCAGGAGACUUAUAAUUGAGAAGCACUUUUAACUGUGGUAGCUGAUUGAUAGCA